CAAAUUGAAAAUAUUGUACAAAAAAUAUGAGCAAAAAGAGAAGUAAACGCAAACCGAAAGAGAUCGAUUACACGGCCGAGGGCAUUUUUGAUAAAAAUCGCUCGAUAGUUUAUGUUGAACAUACAUACGAAUGCGCGAUAUUUGUAACGAAGGCCGACGAAUUUGUUCAAUAUUUGCAAAAACUGUUUCCGGAGCGUGAAUUUGUUUUAAUACGCAACGACCAAGGAAAAAUCCAACCUCGCCCAGGAUCUUUUGAAAUUGAGUUUUCUCAACAUGCGAAGACAUCAAGGCAUACUCUUUGGUCGGGCAUAGAUAAGGGGCCACCUAGACGUGAUAAAUUUCCCAAAUUUGAUGAUCUAUUGCCUGAAGUGCAAAAAGUUUUAAAGAAAUUUUACCCAGAUGUAAUAACAAAUGUUGAAGAUGAACUCAAUGAAGACAACAACUGAAAGUUUGUAUUUGCUCGAUACAGAUUUUGUAAAAUUUUCGAGUCCAAAAUUUGGUGUUUUCAAUUUAUAAAUUAAAAAUAAACAAACAUGAGGCUUAAAAGAGGAAAACAUAUUUGGAUUUAUCUUUUUACCAUCAGAGAGCGGGGCCUUGAAGAAUAUUGAACACAAUUCUCGGCUUAAUGCCGAUGAUGGC